AUGAAUCUUUCCCUUAUACCAAACUCUCAUUUAGAACAAGAGGUAGAAGAGCUAGCAUUAGCAGCUCAGAUUAAUGUAGUCGAUUUUUCGGAUUUUUCUAAUUUAGAACCAAUUGGCACGAGAGAGUUUUUUAAAGCUAAAUGGGAUGAUUGCAAAACAACGGUCGCUCUCAAAUCCAAAUCUUUCAAAAAGGAGGAUGAAUUUCUUGAAGAACUUAAGGCACUUAUAAGUUUUCAAAAAGUUAGCUGCCACCCAAACAUUCUCAAAUUUUAUGGAAUUUCUAAGGGUAUUAUUUGA